AUGGGUCUCAACAAUGUUCAUGACACCGUUCGCACCAUGAUGACAUCAUUGCCCAAUAUUCAUCAAGCUUAUUCAUUCGUUAGCAACCAUGAGCAACAACACCAAUUGUCAUCGGAACAAUGCCAACAAUUGCCGUAUGAAAAUUUUUUUCUUGCUGCCACGACACAAACUCUUUCCGACAGUACUGCGAUCAUUGCAAUCGCCAGGGACACACCAUCGACAAUUGCCGCACUCUCAAAUACCAUUGUAACUUUUGUGACAAAAGAAGACAUAUAG